UGAAACGCGCUGCGUUUCGGUGCUGUGGAAUAUUUUUCUCUAAUAAACUUCGCUAUGGAGCAAUUAAAAGAAUUAAGCGUUUGUUUUAAAGUCAAUAAUGACAUGCUUUCGUUGAAAUUUCAACCAACUGAAACAGAGUUAUACAAUAAAUUAAUAAACGAUGAUACCUACAGCAUACAAUAUGUGAAACUUUUAAUUAAAAAUGGAAUGUUUGUCCUAAGUGGAAGUCAAAAUCAGAAAAUUCAAGAAAUAUUUCGAGUACUUGAAGAUGAAGAACAGUUGAUAUUCCACAUGAAUAUCCACGGUAGUAAUUGCAACAAUCAAGAUCAGCUAUCAGAGUACAAUAAAGAAAAUGAAGCACAAUUCUUGUUUGAAUCCUUCGAAUCACAGGAGUACGAUCAGAAUGAAUCACAAUCCCAGGAAUACAAAAAAACAGAAAAGAAUAUCGAUUACUGGAGCGAUUCAGCAACAUCGUUUCUUCUUGAUAAAUACGAAACAUAUAUGUUGAAUAUUGGUCCCAUGAAAAAAUUUAAAACUAAAAAAUUGAUGUGGGCGCAAAUUUCAAAAGACAUGAUGACAAUAUUGAACAUAUCAAAAACUCCUCUUCAAAUUGAAAAUCGGUAUAAAACCAUCCUUAAAAGAAAAAAAAAAGCAGUUGAGAACAACUCUAAAUCAGGCAGCUCUAGAGAGACUGUACCAUUCGAAGAAGAAUUGCGUAAAAUUGCUCAUGCGGACGAUAGUAUUGAACCCGAGGUAUUGCGAAGUGCGAGGAGCGUUAAAUAUCCUAAAUUGAAUGCAGAAAUGUUAGAAGAAAUCAGCAAUGGUAGUGCCUCCACACAUUCUACUGAAAGCUUAUCGCCGAAGACAAAGAAGUCGAAACCAAGUUUUGUCGAUAAAAAGAUAGAAUACUGGGAAAAGAAAGAAGCGGCAAAAGAAAAACGUCAUCGAGAAAAGUUAGAUCUAAUACGGGAGUUGUUCGCUAAACAAGAGUAACGGGAAAAAAGUAAUAUAAUGUAAAAACAAACAGUAUUGCUAGUGCUUUCAAUUUUUCUUUUUUAUUUUUAGAGCUUCCAAUCGAA